AUGGAGGAAACACAUGAACAUAAACUCAUCAAAGAUGAGUUAAAGAAUGUAGCUGCGAUGCGUAAGGAGUUAAAGGGAAGUGCUAACAACCGUCAGGAGAUUUUAGUCAGCAUUGACCAUCUGGUAAUCGAUGAUGUUAGGAUGGGCUACAACAAACUAUGCUUGUAUAAGAAAGAAUUUCUUCAUCUGGAAGACGUGUAUGACAAGUUAGUGCUGGGUAUGAUUUGUCUACUAACCGUAGAGAUUGCUAGUAAGAUUAAGAAGUGCAAGCUCACCACAACUAAGGAAGAGUUUGAUAAAUGGGAUAAGUACCUGAAAGCUUUUGAGAGUUUUUCCAUGAAAGUUUGGUUUUUACACGAUAAGUUAAUCACACUUGAAACACUUGUGCUUGAUUCAGAAGGUGCAUUGGACAUAACGAAAUUCGUGGAAGAAACACAUGAACAUAAACUCAUCAAAGAUGAGUUAAAGAAUGUAGCUGCGAUGCGUAAGGAGUUGAAGGGAAGUGCUAACAACCGUCAAGAGAUUUCGGAAAUUAUAAAGCAGACAGUUGAGAGGCAUGAACUUAGGUUCUAG